GACUGUUGGGAUUGUCUCAGAAAUCAUACAUUAACCGGAUCCUAGAGAGAUACAACAUGGCUGAAUGCUCUGCAAAUGUCGUUCCAAUUCAGAAGGGAGAUAAAUUUAGUCUCAAACAAUGUCCAAAUAAUGAAUUGGAACGCAAGCAAAUGGAACACAUUCCUUAUGAAUCUAUUGUUGGAAGUUUGAAUUAUGCACAAACUUGUACCAGACCAGACAUCAGUUUUGCUGUCGGAAUGCUGGGCAUGUAUCAAAGUAAUCCAGGAGUAGAUCAUUGGAAAGCUGCAAAGAAGGUACUAAGGUAUCUGCAAGGAACAAAAGACCACAUGCUCACCUUUAGGAGAUCUGAUCACCUUGAGGUGAUUGGAUAUUCAGAUUCAGAUUAUGCUGGAUGUGUAGACACCAAGAAGUCUACUUUUGGCUAUUUGUUCCUUCUAGCCGGAGGGGCAAUUUCAUGGAAGAGUGCGAAGCAGUCUGUUAUUGCCACAUCCAUUGUUAUGAAGCUACGAAUCAUGGUUUAUGGCUGCGGAAUUUUAUUUAUGGACUUGGAAUUGUUGACACUAUCGCCAAGCCGCUGAAAAUUUACUGUGAUAAUUCCGUAGCGGUAUUCUUCUCUAAGAAUGACAAGUAUUCGAAGGGUGCUAAGCAUAUGGAGGUGAAAUACUUUGUCGUUAAGGAAGAAGUUCAGAAACAAAGGGUGUCGAUCGAGCAUAUUAGCACACAGCUUAUGAUUGCUGAUCCAUUAACAAAAGGAUUGCCUCCUAAGACAUUUACUGAACAUGUCGAAAGGAUGGGGAUUAUAGGACGUCAUGACUAAAGUUAUUUUAUGUUUCAUGGAUUGACACUUUGAGCUCAUUUAUUUUGUUUCUGGAAUAAAGUUAUGAAUCUUGUUUUAUUUAUUAUGACCAGUAUAUAUACAUUAUGCAUUAUGUGAGCAUAACAAGAUUUUUGUCUUUAGUGAAGACAUUAUUGUUGGACCAUUAUGACUACCUUGUUAUGUGUCGUAUUGAGCAUGAUACUGGUUUUGUGGUACAUGGAAGGGACUAUGUCGAUAAAUUGAUAUAGAACCGCCAUGAUCCUAAUCUAGCUUUCAUACUUGAUUAUGACUUUAUGGUGAACCAAAUAUUAUGGAUUUAUCUUAUGAUGUGCACACUUAUGUUUAUUAUUAGAUCUUGUGAUAUAUAAUGACACAUGGACCAAGUGGGAGAAUGUAAGCCCAAUUCCCGUGUGUCACUAGGGAAUAAUUGUGGCCCAAGUGUAAUUAUCACUUAAUGGUUUAAUAUAUAAGAUAAAUCCUAUAUUGAUUAGGUUAAUGAAAGGUAAAUUCCUAAUAUACCCUGAUGGUGGGUCUAUAUAAAGAAGCUCUAGGAUUGGUCAUCUCUCAACCCAUUAUGUAGAAUUUCUUAGCCAUCACAGAAAUCUCUAAACCUAAAACCUAAAGGGGUCAAGAGGGAGAAACUCAAUUUCGGUGAUUACUACUCCAGUGCCGCCGCCGCUCUCGUCAUGGAUCGAGGUAGGUUUCACCGAUCUAUUAUCGAUUCGUGAAAUCAUCUAAUUCUGAGAUCCAUGCUAUUAUGAUUUAUGUUUACAAUCAAAACUACCCAGGAACCCCUUACAUACGACACCCUAGUGAAGCCACCCAAAAAAGUCGAAAGACUCGAAGAGACAAAAGUAGUGCUUAAGCGCCACACUAUGGGCAACACUGUUGACGGCUCUAGGAACCGCCCUAAAAAACUAAAUACAAACUGACAAAUAGUCUUGGAUCUGAUGACAAUUCCGGAGCACCGGACCUCCAAUGGAAUCUUCUAGAACACCUUGUCGGAUCUGGUUGACGACUACCUCGGAAUCACCUUACACUAUCACGUGAGUCAAGGAUCUUGAGAUGGCGAAGGUGAUAACAUCUCUUACUGCUAGGAGCUCUGCCAGGUAAGAGUUGACUACUCCCUGGUGACGCAAUCCGACUGCCAGCACCACAUGCCCGUCUGAGCCAUGGAUAACAAGGCCAGACGAGCACCCUGAGUCACAAAUAGUUGUAUCAAAAUAGAUCUUCAAAUAGUCGUCUGGUGGAGGCUCCCAAGCGGUAGGAGGAGGCUUUGGCGAUCUUGGGGGUGGAUGAGGGGGGUGGGGAAUUGGAGACUUCAAGGACCUGGUUGUAGAAUUAUCUGACUAGGGAACGGACAUGAGGUUGGUAGAAUUCAAAAAUAACUUUAUUUAUGAACUUCCAAAUUCUCCACAGUAAUUAAAUAGACGUACUAGAGAAUGUGGAAUGGGAAGAUCUUAGAGAUCAUGACAAUGUCGCCAUCAUAGACUAAAAUUAACAGUCGGGGCAGAAUCAAUGAAGUUGCUCAAUCUCACUAAGAUCCAGAAUUUGAUGGUUAGGGGGAAUAUGAAGAAUUAGUGUUAAACACAAGACAUCGAUUGAGGCACCUAGCUCCACGUGUUUGUAAGACUACCACUAUGGGUAGAAUGACCUUAGGCAUCCGUGAAGAUAAUCACUCUGUAAUUUUUUUAGAGACUAACUUGCUUAUUUCUCCAAAAUGAAUCCAAAUAUUAGUA